CGUCGCCGCCCGCCGGAGCACCUCCAUUCUCCUUCCGGACAAGUCGACUCAAUCUGUAGAAGAUGGUGAGAAUCAGUGUGCUGAAUGAUGCGCUCAAGAGCAUGUACAAUGCCGAGAAGAGAGGGAAGCGUCAGGUCAUGAUCAGACCUUCUUCCAAAGUGAUCAUCAAGUUUCUCAUGGUCAUGCAAAAGCAUGGUUACAUUGGCGAGUUUGAAUAUGUUGAUGACCACAGAGCCGGGAAAAUUGUGGUUGAACUCAAUGGAAGGUUGAACAAGUGUGGUGUGAUCAGUCCUCGUUUUGAUGUUGGGGUUAAGGAUAUCGAAGGAUGGACUGCAAGGUUGCUUCCUUCAAGACAGUUCGGCUACAUUGUGCUGACUACCUCUGCGGGCAUCAUGGACCACGACGAAGCAAGGCGCAAGAAUGUUGGUGGGAAAGUUCUCGAUUUCUUUUAUUAGAAGGCUUGUUUUGUUUACCCAGAACCAGUUAUUUAUGUACCUUUGUCAAUUUAUGAUCUACACUUCAGAUUAGCUCUCUGUUUGUUUUGA